GGAACCAUUCUUAUAUGGAAAUGAGGCUUGUUCAACUGUACAUCUCAGCCCUACACCUGCACUCUCGUUUUGUGUGCCGUGCAAGAUGGAGGCUAAAGUUGAAGCUUUCAAUACCCACCUAAACUCCUCACAGAACAUUUCUGCUCUGUUGUUAAAUCAGUUUGGCAAAGGUGGGUCAGCACCGGCAUCAGGAGAUGCUGCUGGUGACGUUGACGACUCCGGGUCGCUCAGCUCCAAGCAACAUAUGGAAAAAUCAUUUAGGUUCCCUGACAAUGAACAAUUAGGCACCAUAAGAAAAUCAAUGCAAGAGCGUAUUAACUCCAAAAUUUUGUGCCAAAGUGAACACCAAUGCCAAUUCUGUUUUAAUUUGUGUGCCUCUGAAGCUGAUCUCAAACAACAUAUUCUCUCCCAUCUUCCUGAAAUAAUAGCACAGAAAUACUGUGGAAGUAAAUAUGUUAAUGAUUGCAAAAAAGUCUUGCACAAGCGUUGCCUUUCUAAGCUUUCAUCCGUGAAGAAGUUUUCUUGCAGUGAGUGUCAGUAUUCUUGCACCACAAAAAGGGACAUGAGAAGACAUUUUCUUCGCAAGCAUUCAACAGAGAAACCCAUUCGGUGCUCUGAGUGUGAUUAUGCUUGCACUACAAAGUACAGCUUGAAAAGGCAUUUUCUUUACAAGCAUGCAACGGAAAAACCCAUUCAGUGCUCUGAGUGUGAUUAUGCUUGCACCACAAAGAAGGCAUUGAGAAGUCAUUUUCUUUACAAACAUUCAACCGAAAAACCUUUUCCAUGCUCUGAGUGUGAUCAUGCUUGUACCACAAAAUGGGACUUGAAAACACAUUUUCUUUCCAAACAUUCAAUAGAAAACCCUUUUCAGUGCUCUAAGUGUAAUUAUGUUUACACCACAAAACGAGCCUUGAAAAGACAUUUUAUUUGCAAGCAUUCCACAGAGAAAUCCAUUCAGUGCUCUGAGUGUGAUUAUGCUUGCACCACAAAAGAAGCCUUCAAAAGCCAUUUUCGUUACAAACAUUCAACAGAAAAACCUUCUUUCCUCAACGAGGAUUCGCCGACCUGCCUCCCCUUCCACGGUCCACCCUCCUCACCUGAUUUUGCCAUCAUCACCGGGCGGCUACUACUCAGCACCUCAUGGGCUCCUCAAGUCGCCCUGAAUUCUGACCAUUUACCUAUCCUGCUUCAUUUACCUCCCGCCAUGGAGUCCCCAGCUCCCUGGUCUAACCGCUCUUAUACUAACUUUAGGAAAGUGGACUGGCCUUCCUUCACGGCAGCAGUUGAGGCAGCGCUCGAGGCAGUCCCUGCCCCCACCUCGUGCGGAGGUGAGUCGACCCUCAGGAGCGUCCUGGCAGCUGCUGCCAAGCAGCAUAUCCCUGCAGGCUUUCGAAAGGAGCUCGACGUCGCGGAGGCUGACCUCUCUGAGCUUCUCCAGGGCGUCUCAGACUGGUCGACCACCAAGAAACUGGCCGUGGCUCCUGGGAAAUCCUCAGUCACGCUCUUCACCCCUGACACUCACCAAUCCCGUCUACACCCCUCUGCAACAAUCUGCAAUGGCAUCAUCCCAUUGGAUAAAACCCCCAAAAUCCUAGGUGUCACCUGGGAUAACCUUUUUACGUUCUCUCCUCAUGUUAGAGCCAUUGCCACCAGAGCAACAAGCUCCUUACGCAUCUCAAAAGCCCUGGCCGGCACCAACUAG